AGCACAGCACUCCUCCAUGGCCUUUGCAUCACCUCCUGCCUCAGGUUCCUGCCCUGUGUGAGUUCCUGUCCUGACUUCCCUCAGUCAGGGAUUGUCACCUAGAACUGAAGCACACUUGUCCCUUUGCCUUACCGACUUGCAGAACACACUGCACAUUCGAGUGAUGGACCUGCCUGUUUGGACAAGUGUUUUGUGUCUUGUGUGGCAGGGCCACCUCAGCUGUGAUGGCAGUGUGGUCCCGUGACUGGUCUUCCUCCGUGGCUCUCGCUGGGCACACCAGACCCUGGAGCAUAGGCUCACGGAUCUGAGUGGCGCAGGUUCAGUUAUGUGUCUGUUUCCUGGGCUGCAGUUGCCUGAUGUUUGGUUAGCAGGAUUCCAUCCAAAUCCAAGGCUGCUCCUGGUGAGGACAGUGGAUAGACAAAGCCGUGCUCAGCCCUGAUUAACUUGGAAUACAAAAGUCUACUCUACCCCCAGCGCUCCCGUGGCCCUGGCUGGUCUGUUACCUGUGUCUCUGUGUGGUUUGCCUCCCUCAGCCCAUCCCAAUGGUUUUGGUGACUGUUAUUCCCAUGAGGCCCCCACACUAUAGCCUUCUUCUGAGCAUCACUCCAAGUCGGGUGUCUGGGGACAUUUGACUCUGAUGUUUGUGAGCAGGGGAGUUUGGGGUUGGACCAAUACUGGUGGGUCAGCUGGCAGGGCUACCAUGCCGGUGGCAGGGUAACCACUCUCCAAUGGGAUGAGACACAGCCAUCACAUGUCCCACAGCUUUGCCGUGCUCUCUCAUUUUCAUUUAAAAGUCUGUCCUGCUUGAUGCAGUUCACAGGCAAAGUGUUCCCUGACUGUCAGGCUCCCUGCGUGGGUCAUUAGUAAGGCCGUGACUGCACGCUGAAUCACAGAUUUCCUCUUCUUCUGUUAAAGGGCAGACUUGAAGGUGUGCUCAGUGCUUCUAUCUGCUCCUCCCCCGCUCUUUCCCCACGUUUCCGGCUGACUCAGAGGCGAGCGUGGAGGAUGCUGUCCACCUGUCUUUUUCUCAUUGUAACUCCUCUCUCACGCAGGCGACAGCCACCACAGCCUGCUCAUUUACCAUCCUGCCCCAUCAUGCCACUCUCAGAGCUCACAGUACGUUUUCUAGUCAGCUAGGCAUUGAGGGAAUGUCCCAGCUCUCAUGUGGCCGUCAAGGAGGCGUGGCACUCCACGACACACAGAAGAUGGCCACCCCAUAGCUCCUCCUCUUGGACAUUCUACCUACAGAUGGAGCAGCCUCGGUUGCUCUGUGCCGUCACACAGAGCAGGGACAAUGCCACAACCAUGACAGCAAGAAGGCACUAUCCUUCCAAAUCACAGCGGGAGGGACGGUCACGUUCAUUCUCGUGGUUGCUUAACCCUUGACAGCUUAACUUCAGCUACAUGCCUUCUCAACACAACAGGGAGGGUGUGGCCGUUCCUUUCAAACCCAUAUUCGGUUCUGUCAACCCCUGUUCAGGUCCCAAAUGUUUGUGACUUUUUCUAGAAGCCAAUUUCUAUUCAUGCCGGAGGGCAACAGAGCAAAGAAACGGUCUGCCCAUGUCUGAUGGAGCAGUGAGUUUAAUUGGGGUUACGGAUAGGCUCACAGGCAAGUUGUUGGCAGCUUCUGAGGAUGAAUCUCCCUCCCCAGCGACUGCUAAUCACCCCCAUGUCUGGGGGAGGGUGGAGAACUUUGAUCCUCCUGAGCCUUCACUUUCCAUGAGGGAUGGCAGCAAAGUCAGUCCUGUAAGAGCCGUAUGCAGGUUAUCACAGCCGGUGUGAUUUUCGGCAAUGACCAUGCCGUACCCAGAGGGCGGCGCUCCAAAAAUGCCUGUCAGUGGUUGAAUCUGCCAAUUUAGAACCAAACCUUCAGUACAUGCGCCUGUGGGGGAUAUGUCCCAUCCAAAGUGUGGUGGAGGCUCUGUAGAUGUCACCGAGGCCAAGGGCGUUGGAGGGGCUGAGGCCGUGCAGAGGAGGCACACUGGCCUGGCUCUACAAGGAAACCUAGGGACCUUGCAGGUAGGGGCAUCCUGGCGGACCUAACAUCUGCACAGGCUACUUUUCCCCUGCAGAGGACCACCGAGAAGGACAUGAGCAGUCACUGUUGGCUUUGCAGAUGGAGCUAGAGGGUCAAGAACCACGUAUCUAGAAACUGGAAAAGGUAGAAUCAUCAAGCAAGCCGUCAACAAUAGCUGUGGCAGUGCGCAUUCCUGUCUUUUUUUUUAUCUGAACAGGCACAAACUUGAUGUCUUAAAGGCAGAUUAUCAUAGUCUGGUACUUUGCUUCUAUUUCUACACAGAAUUGAAGACUUGGAAAGGGAUACACAGUGAUACACAAUAGCUUUUGGAUAGGCCUUGACAGAGAAUGCAGGCUCUUUCCUUUAUUGGCUGAUAAACUUAGUUCUUCUUGCAUUUGUAGGAUAUAUUUUACUCACCCAUAUUUUACUAUUACUUAUCCAUAAAUUUACUAUUCAGUUUACUGUCUUCUUUCAAUUGGCAUCAAUAUUUGUAAAUGCAAUCUUCUAUUAUUUAUUUCCCACACAAUUCCAAUAAGGUAAUAUUUCAUUAAUGUAAUAUUGGCUUUUAAAAAUGAAUUCUGAGAAUGGGGCGCAGCGGUCCACAUCUUUGAUAAUAGCACUCAAGAAGCAGAGGCAGGUGGAUCUCUAUGAGUUCAAGACCAGCCUUGUCUAUAUAGUAAAUUUCAGGUCAUUCAAAAAGGAAUGAAGAGACCUUGUCAAAAAAAAAAAAAAAAAAAAAAAAAAAAAAAAAAAAAAAAAAAGAAUUGUGAAGUUUUCUAUAGUUUCUAUAGAUUGAAAUUAUUUCAGAAAUUAGGUGGUUCAUUUUAUGGGUUAAAUUAGUUAGACAGGGUGUCCAGACAUGUGGCUAAACAUUACUCAGGAAGCUUUUAUGGGAAUACUUUUUGGAUAAAGUUGGCAUUUAAGUCAGUUGGGUGAAGCUGUUUUCCCUCCAAGCUGUGAGUGGGCCUCAUUCCAUCAGUUAAAGGUCUAUAUAGAAAAACCUGGUCUACUUGGGGAAAGAGGGGAUUCCACAUCAGAAUAACUUUGAGAUUGAACCAAAGCAUUAGAUCUCAUCUUGGUCCCCAAUUUUCCAGCGAACCCUGCAAACUGUGAGCUUUCCAGCUUCCACAGCCAUGUGCAAUAACUCCUAAAAUAGCACCUCUGCUCUGUCGAAAAGGACACACACAUGCACUGGCUUCGUAUCACACACAUUUGUGUAUAUACAUAUCCUGUUGGUUCUGUUUCUCUGGAGAAUCUGAACUAACACCAUUGCCAAGGGAAUCUCUGAUUUUUUAAAUUAAAAUUUUAUUAUUUUCCUUAUGUGUGUGGGCAUCUUGCGCCCACAUCUGUGCAAUGCUUCCAUGCCUGAUGCUUAUGGAGGUCCGAAGAGAGAACCGGAUCUUCCAGAGCUGGAGUUGCACGCGAUUGUGCUCCACCAUAUCGGUGCUGGGAUCAAACCCAAGUCCUCCGGAAGAGGAGCCACUGCUCUUAACCGCUGGACAUCUCUCCAGCCCGAUUUUUUUUUUUUUUUUUGAGUUUAAGUGGAACUUAUAUACAACAGCGCCAGACAGAGCCUGUCCCUUUCAGAUGCUGGUAUUUAGUCACCCCUCUGACUCAAUGUGUUUCCCUCUCAAAUGUCAGGGUCUUUUAACAAAAUUUGGUCAAAACUUUCAAGUGCUGAUGAAUGGAUAGGACUUUUGUUCAUGUUGGGGCAGGUUAAACUUCCCAACUGAUCCCCCAGGCUUGGAUUGGGGGACUUGACAGCAGAGGAAACACUGGUGAAUCCUCUGAGAAAAGGGUAGCCGACGGAGACCGUGCAGCUGUUCUUUUAUAUGGUUGCUCAAGAGAUUGCGCAGUGAAUUUUUCUCUGUGCGGAGGCUGAAAAUGAAGGGUAACGAGUGUGAGGGGAUAGUGACCUCCAGCGACAAGCAGAAGACAAGUUACGAGUGGAUGAGCCUCCCUUCCCACGGAAGACCGAGCAGACUGAAAGCCCUGCGUGGGAGAAGGACCUGCAAUGCGGGCAUGCAGAUUUUCUCCAGUGUUGUGAGACAGGGAAUGAUGCCCACCGCACACCGUCGGAGGAAAGAGACACCCGUGGACACCCGUAUUGUGAGAAGCACCUUUGUAAAUUGUGCGUGCCUAUGUGUGCAAAACGCCUGGGUAAGUGACCGUGUGAAAUGGUGGAGGAAAGAGGAACUUGGUAUCUUCAUAUUACACAUAGUCCUCCUUGUAAUAAAAAAAAGCGAGUGCAUAUUACUUCGGUAAUAAAACAAAAAGAUUUUUAGUGCCUACAGCUAAAAAAAAAAAAAAAAAAAAAAAAAAAAAAAAAGCUGAUGUAAUCUGUAUCCAGAAAGAGGGCUCCAGGGCUUGCUCAUUCUGGGGAUUGGACUAACGGUUACUUGGUGUUAAGGGAAACUAGGAAAGCCAUUAAUUGUAUUAAUUAAUGCACCAGCAGCUUCAUCACAGCAAAGAGGUCUUAAUGAGGUGCCCAGGGCAACCAUUAUUUAUCUUACAAACACAGACUGGAGGGCCCCACCGUGGGGUAGAGGACAUGGUUCUCGGAACACAGUUCACAGGCCUGCUCCAGCCUGGGAAUACUUAAACCGUCUCUAUUUUCUGUCCCAUUCCUACUGACCUGACUCCUUCACUGUCUGCCUCCCUCCUCCAGGCUUUAAGGCAUACAAAGGCCUUGGCAAAGGAGUCACCCAGAUCUGGACUGCAAAUUCGUCUCCAUCCUUCUCCUCCUUAGCCUCUAGCUGCUGGUACCUUUCCUGACAAAUUCGGGUCUGCCUAACCUGAUUUAGUAACGCCCGCGCCCCCUGCCAGGUUCCCAUGGCCCAUCUCCAGCAAAGCACUCUGGCCUUGUCCCGCGCCGCCGCGGGAGCUGUCCGCGGUGCUGACCGCAGGCGCGCCCCACGUUCGGCCGGUGCGCACGCGUCUGCGCGCAACGCGAGAGACUCGCGGGCGCCGGCACUGCGCAGCCUCCCACGCGGCUCGGGCCAGGCCUGCGCGGCGCCCGAGACCCGCAGCCCGGCUCCCGGAGCGGUCACAUCCCCGGCCCGCGGCCUCUGGGGCGGCUCCUCUCAUCCUGGCACCGCCAUGGCGCUCAACAAUUUCCUCUUCGCGCAGUGCGUUUGCUACUUUCUGGCCUUCCUGUUCAGCUUCGUGGUGGUGGUGCCGUUGUCCGAGAACGGCCACGACUUCCGUGGCCGCUGCCUGCUCUUUACCGAGGGUAUGUGGCUGAGCGCCAACCUGACGAUGCAAGGACGGGAGCGCUUCACGGUGCAGGAGUGGGGCCCGCCGGCUGCCUGCCGCUUCAGCCUGCUCGCCAGCCUCCUGUCGCUGCUGCUGGCCGCUGCGCACGCAUGGCGCACGCUCUUCUUCCUCUGCAAGGGACAUGAGGGCUCCUUCUUCCACGCCUUCCUGAACCUGCUGGUCAGUGCCUUUGUGGUUUUCCUGGUCUUCAUCGCCAGCACCAUCGUGAGUGUGGGCUUCACCAUGUGGUGUGACACCAUCACCGAGAAGGGCACUGCACAACACAGCUGCGAGAAGUUCCAGGAAGUGGACUUGGAGCUGAAUGUGGACAACUCUGCCUUCUACCAUCAGUUUGCUAUCGCCCAGUUUGGACUGUGGGCCUCGUGGCUGGCCUGGCUGGCGAUCACCACCCUGGCUUUCCUGAAGGUUUAUCACAACUACCGCCAGGAAGACCUGUUGGACAGCCUGGUUCACGAGAAGGAGCUGCUGCUGGCCAGGCCAGCCUCCCGCACCUCCUUCCAGGGGGAGAAGAGUGCUGUCAUCUAGGCUGUGCAAGGAUGGCCCCCUUCCCCGAGGCUGGCACCGAGGGGUGGCCGGGGGCCCACCCAGGUUGGCCAGCGCAGCUCUCUGCAUGCGUGUCUCUUGGCCUUGCCCACCAUGAGCAGAGAACCUGUGUUUCCAUGGAGAGCCUGACAGGGAUGGCACAGAGACCCAGAGACUUGGGUGUGUGUGUGCCUUCUGGCUUCCUGGCCUGGCCUUGCUUAGUGUGAUCCAUACCCCUCUGGGUGAUCAUUUGCCCAUAUAUGUGCACGUAUGUGAGCAUGUGUGUGGGUGGGAGUGUGCCUACAGAGCAGAGAUGAUGGCGAUAGAUUAGCAGCCUCUGUACCACCAAAGGCUCCCACACACCCAGGUCCCCACCCCACCCUGGAAGGGCCUGUCUUCCCACCCUACAGCAUCCUUGGCCAAGGUCCACAGCAAGCACUGCCCCGUUUCCCCCCCCCCCCCCAGAUGGCAGCAGGUGGAGAGUCCUGGUAGGAAUGUGAGACCCUGGGCUGGGCUCUGUUCCCUGCUCUAUGGACAUCUGGGGGUGCUUGCUCAUGGCAUUCUCCUGCCUUGGAGGCUUUCGAGGUGGCAUGGCCCUCUGUGUUUCAGGGGUGAGGCCCCCACAGUGGAAGAGGCCCAGCCCAUCUGGAUCUUAGUGAGUGCAUUCAGUGGUCCUGGUCCUAGUCUGGAGUUGUGCUACAUCUUUGUCCUCCGUUUCCAGGCAACGUGAUGCAGGGUCCACCAGUGGCUGAUGUGUUUCCAGGUGGAAGGUACCAGCUUCCCAAAGGUGUGGACCCAGGCUUCUGUGAGAGGCCUGUUGGGGGGGGGGCAGUCAGCAGGGCUAGCAAAGAAGGUCAGGAUGCUGAACAAGAGAGGGCCUAUCUAUCUGGGAGGCCAGGGCCAGGCUGACCAGCACAGCAACCUUUUCUGAGGGCUUUGGCUGUGUCUGGCUGAGCUUUGCAGGGGAUCUGGGUGCUGGAGGAAUAUUUUGAGGUCUCCGAACAGACCUAGUUUCCAGACCCUCACAUCAGCCCUAAUCUAUGGGACAUGGGAAAACUGUCUAGCCUUGAGACUCCCUUUGUUUCCCCAGGAUCGGCUCUCUCCACAUCUUCUGCCUCACAUCCCUACUAAGGCUGUAGCCAUCUAGGACCUGAAGGAAUAGGAACCAGGCUGCAGCCUCUGGGACCUAAGAUCUGCCUCGAGUAUGGGCCUGCCCUUGGCAGCUGCCGCUUAGGGAUUCUGGAUUGUUGGUCUGGGGGCUUGGUCCAGUCUGGAAAUCUUCAUUCACCUACAGAGGCCCGGUCUUGUUUCCCCGGUGCCAAUGUCCCAGGGACUCCUGGGUAAGGAACUCUGCCUAAGGGUACUGGCAAGACCUGUUGGCUGUAGCCAUGGGCAGGGGUGUCUGUCCAGGAAGUCUCAUGGGAUGGAUGGCAAGAGUCAGGCAGAGGCUGCAGAGUGGUACCCAGGUUGCCAACAAGAUGCGGUUGCUCUUUCUACCUUGUCACAGGGCAGCCCUUGUUUCAGCCUUCCUGGUAAAUCUGACAGUGAGGAGUCCUAAGCCUCCAUGUGUCUGAUUCUCAAGCCAAAAUAAAAUAAAGACGAAACAUCUGA